AUCCAAUAGUGUGUGUGGGCAUCAAAGUUCAAACCAUGUGCAAACUGGCGUUUCCUGCCAUAUAGACAAAAAGCACAAAUAAAACACACAGUUUGUUCACUUUGCAUUUCUCUGAAGAACAACAAAUAAAACAGAGCAACAAUGGCCACUCCUCCAAUUUCUUCUCUCGUUUCUCAAAGGUUAUUAGGGAAAGUGGCAUUUGUCACUGGUGGAGCCUCCGGCAUUGGAGAGGGCAUUGUGCGCCUCUUCCACAGACAUGGUGCAAAGGUUUGUUUCGUCGAUGUGCAGGACGAGCUCGGUUAUCGUCUCCUAGAAAGCCUCGGCGGUGACAAAGACCCAAACAUUUUUUAUUCUCACUGUGAUGUCACUGUGGAAGACGACCUUCGUCGUGCAGUUGACUUGACAGUGACUAGAUUUGGUACACUUGACAUAAUGGUGAACAAUGCUGGGAUCUCAGGCACGCCCUCAUCCGAUAUUCGCAAUGUCGAUAUAUCGGAGUUCGAGAAGGUGUUUGAUAUAAAUGUGAAGGCUGUUUUCAUGGGAAUGAAGUAUGCUGCCAGUGUAAUGAUUCCGCGGAAGCAAGGAUCGAUCAUAUCGCUCGGCAGCGUUGGUAGCGUCAUAGGAGGAAUAGGGCCACAUCAUUAUGUAGGCUCGAAGCACGCAGUAGUGGGGCUUACAAGAAGCGUUGCAGCCGAGCUCGGGCAACAUGGAAUUCGUGUAAAUUGUGUCUCUCCUUAUGCGGUUCCAACGAAUUUGGCUGUAGCUCACUUGCCUGAAGAUGAGAGAACUGAGGAUGUAUUUACAGGUUUUCGUGAGUUUGCCAAAAAGAAUGCAAAUUUGCAAGGAGUGGAACUUACAGUUGAAGAUGUUGCAAAUGCUGUCUUGUUCUUGGCUAGCGAGGAUGCUCGAUACAUCAGUGGAGACAAUCUCCUCGUCGAUGGUGGCUUCACCCGUGUAAAUCACUCGCUUCGUGUUUUCAGAUGAUCGACAUAGCAGUCGGUCUUCAACAUAUUCAAAAAUAAUAAACGACAACUGCUUGAGUCUAUACUAUAUAUGGGACUAUCUACUUUACAUAUAUUUACAAUCCUAUAUGUUUUCUUCACAACCAAAUUCAAGUCUAAGGAGUGUGUAAACUAGCCCCAAUAAAAGAAUAACUUUGAAUA